AUGCAGGCUUACUUGCUGAGUUGUGCUAUGCAGAAGGAGGGACACUACAAACAAACACCACUGGCAUGUGUGGGGAGCACUCAUAGUGGAUGGACCACACUUGGAUGCCACAGCCCUAGGUGGGGUGAACCUUCUAUGUUGAAGUCACUCAAGCUCCCGGGUACUCCACGAGGGCCCAGCCCCAGGUGGGCUGUGCGUCUCAUGUACUUCCCAGGCUCAAGCUACUCAAACUCUCUCCUCAAGGGCACAGUCCCAGGUGAGCUGUGCAUCUUAUGCACUUCCCAUGUCCAAGCCACUCAAGCUCCCAGGUGUGCCACAAGCACACAGUCAGUCCCAUGUGGGCCAUGCAUCUCCUCAGGGGAGCUGCCUCAGGCUGUGACACUUCUGGCAGAUAUGAACCACUCAGGAUCCCAGGAAGACAUGGUUAGCAACUGGCACCCUGCUCACAGCUUGCCAAGAGAUGUGGUCUCUGGGUUGAUAUUGCAGCAGCCCCUUACCUUCCCCCUCUUUUGA